AUGAAGCGGGAUAUUGUAGAGUUCGUUCCUCAGUGCCUAAAUUGCCAACAGAUGAGGUUGACUAAGUCUGCUCACUUUAUUCCGUUGAAGAUAACCUAUGAUGCAGAGAAGUUGGCUAAGGUUUACAUUCGGGAGUUCUUGCCUUUAGCCGAAUUUGCCUACAAUGAUAGCUAUCACUUGAGUAUUGAUAUGGCCCUAUUUGAGGCAUUGUAUGGAAGGAGAUGUAGGUCUCCUACUGGAUGGUUUGAUACAUUCGAGGUGAAACCGUGGGGCACUGAACUUCUGAGAGAGUCCCUAGAGAAGGUGAAGGUGAUUCAAGCCAAGCUUUUGGCAGCACAGAACAGACAGAAGGAGUAUGCGGACCGCAAGGUCUGA